CCAGGCUCCCAGCUGAGCUUGCUGCUGCCCUGGUGCCUUGCUUCACUUCGUCUCUGCAUAUUCACGCUUGUGUCAACAUCUCUAUCUAUACUACAUACUAAGUGUGGCUGCUAGCCAGACGCGCUUCUGUCGCUGCAUGGUUGAGGCCAUCAGUCUCAGGACGUGAUCAUGAGCGUAGAGCUCGCCCGCCUUCUAUAUAAUAGCACCUGUCCCAACGCGUAACUCGUCUCCUGCUGCUAUAACCCAAAAUGGGAGACCCUAUAUCAGUCGCGGGACUGAUCAUUGCUAUUGGACAAGUCACAGCUUGUCUGAUCGAUUACGGUAAAAAUGUUGCACACGCGGCGGACGACGUCGCGAGGUUGAGCCAGGAACUGUUCAGUCUCCAAGGAGCACUAGAAUACCUCCAAACCGAUGCGAACAGUAGAGUAUCUUCUGGCACUUCUCCAUUCCAGAUGACUCCGAGUUUUGAUGAGCAGAAGUUCUCCGAGAUGGUGACAAUGACACAAAGCUUUCUGCAGUCACUGCUCAAAGAUUUGGAGGAACCGAGGAAACGAGUAGCUCGACUAAUGAAGCGGCUGGAAUGGCCACUGAAGCGAACAGACGUCGACAAGCACUUUGCAAGACUUGAGCGUGCCAAGACUUGGUUUGUACUUGUUCUGACCACCGAAAGCAGUGGGCUUGUCCGUGAAAUUCAUUCGAGCAUGGAGGUUCUCUGCGCGACACUGGAACAAGACCUGCACGAAAGGCGACAGGUGAGAACAACACACGAGAACACUGCUAUGCUCUCCUGGCUGUGUCCAGUGAGCUAUACCACAACACAUAAGCAAAUCCGCGAGGGCCGUCGAUAUGAUGCCGGACAGUGGUUUAUGCAAGGCCCUCUCACUCAAUUUCUGAGUAAUCCGACCAGCUGUAGCCUUAUAAUGGUCUUAAAAGGCAAAUCUGGUUCUGGGAAAAGCACGCUGUGUUCAAGUAUUGUGGAUCACUUCACUCAUACACAGGAAGGUAUUCGCCUCGCCUACUUCUACUGCUCUGGUAGCAGUUUAGACUCUCAACAGACCGUCCACAUAAUGGGCUCUUUUCUUGCCCAACUUUGUCAGGCUGACGAAGCCAUUCAUGAUCGUAUACGGUCGGAUUACCUGACCGCGACAGCGAAGUCAUCGGGCUCGGAACCCCGAGCUCCUACACUCACAUAUGUAGAAGAUGCCCUGGUCGCAUGUUGCAAAAUCCUUGGACCCACUUUCCUGCUGCUAGAUGCUAUUAACGAGAGUGUCAGAAGCGAUGAAAUUAUAGAAUCCAUCAGUCGAAUCGUGUCCCAAACUCAACAUGUCCGGAUAGUGAUGACUAGUACAUCCGAUGAACAACAUAAGUUCUGGCACUCUCAACAAGCCCCUAUCCGGACUGUAUUAAUGGACCCUAUGUUGGUCUUCAGGGAUAUCCAAGCUCAUACAGAGCUUGAACUUGCUAGCAAUCCCAUUCUGCAUAAACUUAAGCCUGAGCUCAGAACCGAUAUCAUGAAUUCAAUCUGUGCUAAUGCAGACGGCUCCUUCCGCUGGGCACAAUUAACGCUGAGUCACCUGACUUCUCAGAGGACAGGCAAAGCGAUGCGCAACGCCUUGAGAGACCUUCCUCGAACGUUAAAGGAGAUUUACGCUAAUAUACUAACACGGAUUUCGCCCGAAGAUUCGCGUUAUGUUCAAGAGCUUCUGUUGUGGGUAGCGUUUGCUGAGAGGCCUAUGAAGUUGGACGAGCUCACUGAAGCAGUUAUCAUCACGGAGUGCGAAGGGGUACUCGAUGAAGACAGCAGAUUCCUGUCUCUCGACGAGAUCAUAAGAAAAUGUUAUGGCCUCCUGCAUGUUGAUAAAGGCACAGUAACCUUAUCACACGCCUCCGUAAAGGCCUUCUUGACCUCCGACUGGCUCGCUUCGUCAUAUAUCAACACGUUUUACUUGGACCCGAAGCAAGCAGAUACACUUAUCAUGCGGAGAUGCCUUGAAUAUCUCACAUUUCAGAACUUUCUCCCUGGAUACAGAUUCGGGCCGCAUGUGUUGCAUAAUCUCGUUGCAAACUACGCACUUCUUCCAUAUGUAGCCCUUCGCUGGGCUCAGCAUGGUGUAACCAGUACUCUCGAGAAAUCUGACCUCGCAAUGAUUCUCAAAUUCCUGAAUACGCGAAGUCUCCCAAAUGGUGGUAAUUUUGGAACCUGGAUACAGCUACUUCUACCUGAAGCACAGCCUCAUACACUUGCAAACACACAACCCCUAUAUUACGCAGCUUCCUUUGGUCUUACUCAGGUCGUCAAAGCAAUUCUUGCGGCGGAUCCCACGCAAAAAAUUGAUGCCAAAGGUGGCCGGCACAACUCAACUGCACUGUUCAUAGCGUGCUACAGAGGAUAUGCAGAGACUGCCGGGGUCCUUCUUCGCGGUGGCGCAAAUCCACGUAUUUUAGACGCUUGCGGUGAAAGUCCAAUUUCUUGGGCUGAAAGUUACGGGCCAUUGGAAUUGCGCAAAUUGAUGCGUGAUUGGAUCGCUCAUAAUCCAAGCCGAAGCCUUACAGCAUCAGAGACCGUCGUAGCGAUGAGGACGCGUCAACUCCCAACGCCUGACUAA